UUUGCACGACUAAUCAAGCUAUUCAUGUAUGCUGUUCGUGCACGGUGAUAAGGCCGGACGCUGAUGCGAAUGGCUUCCCUUUCGAUUCGCCAUGGUCGCAUCCUUCCCCGGCCUCCUCUCUCGCGGCGAGCUCCUCGACCUGCUUCACAACUCCACCACUGUCUCCCGAGUCCACCAAGUGCAUGCCCAGCUGAUCACCCGAGCCCUGUUCAGCGACCCGUUCGUCGCAAGCCGGCUCCUUUCCACCAUCUGUGAGCUCUCCGCCCGCGUCCCUGCGUCUUAUGCCGAUCUCGUCUUCUCCCAGAGUCAUCAGCCGACCACUUUCUCCUGGAACACCAUCAUCAGGUUCCAUGUCCGGUCCUCAAACCCCAACAAGGCCGUUCUGCUCUUCGCUCGAAUGCGUAAAGCUGGUGUCUUGACUGACCACUACACGUAUCCGUUUGUCCUCAAGGCCUGUGCUUUGCUGGCUGGACUCGGAGAAGGUGCGGCGAUUCAUGGGGAUGUACUGAAGAAAGGAUUGGGGGAGGAUCCGUUCGUGAUGAAUGGUUUGAUCAGCUUGUAUUGCAAGGGCGGAGAGAUCGCGGCGGCCCGGAAGCUGUUCGAUGGAUCUCGGUCGAGGGAUUUGGUAUCCUGGAACUCGCUAAUGGCUGGUUAUGUCAGCUGUGGAGACACCGCAGAAGCGGGGAGGCUUUUCGAUGCAAUGCCGGAGAGAGAUGCUUUCUCUUGGGCUAUCUUAAUCGAUGGAUACGGAAAGAAGGCCGGGGACGUCAGCCGUGCUCGUGACCUGUUCGAUAAAAUGCCCAACAAAGACCUAGUUUGCUGGAACUCCAUGAUUGAUGGGUACGUGGGACUCGGCAUGAUGCUCGCUGCCAGAGAGCUGUUCGAUGUAAUGCCCGAAAGGAAUGUCAUAUCGUGGAGCAUCCUCAUCGAUGGCUACGUGAAACAUGGGGAUCCAAAGGAAGCUUUGGAGCUCUUCCAAAGUAUGCUUGGUCAGGGUGUAAGGCCUGACGUAAUCAGUGCAGUAGGUGCCAUUUCAGCGUGUUCUCAGCUGGGUGCACUCGAUCAAGGUCGAUGGAUACACUCCUACGUGAAGAAGCACAAUAUCUUAUUAGAUGUUGUUGUUGAAACUGCCCUGGUAGAUAUGUACAUGAAAUGUGGAAGCAUAGACCUUGCCCGGUUGCUCUUCGACGAAAUGCCUAGGAGGAGUGUGGUCACAUGGAGCGUGAUGAUUGUAGGACUUGGCAUGAAUGGUUUUGGAUGUGAAGCUGUGGAACUUUUCUACCAGAUGGAAAGAAGAGGAGCAACGAUGGAUGAUCUGACAUUCCUCGGCGUUCUGACAGCUUGUACUCAUGCCAGGUUGGUCUGUGAAGGACGUGAAAUCUUCGACAGGAUGAGGAGGGAUUUCAGGGUUGAGCCAAAGGUCGAACACUAUGGUUGCUUGGUGGAUCUCCUCGGCCGUGCAGGACGGUUGCAGGAAGCUAGAGAAGUCAUAGAAACGAUGCCGGGGACUCCCACCUCAAGUUUGUGGGGUUCACUGCUCGCGGCCUGUCGAACACAUCGAUGCGUGGAGUUGGCUGAGGUUGCAGUCGAGAAGCUGAAGAAGCUGGGAGCAGAUGAUGGCGGGGUGUAUGUCAUUAUGUCGAACAUAUAUGCAGCAGAGGGAAUGUGGAACCAAGUGUGGAAGAUGAGGAAGUUGAUGCGUGAAAGAGGGAUGAAGAAGGAAACAGGAAGGAGUGUCAUAGAGGUGGAUGGCAGCAUCCAUGAGUUUGUUUAUGGAGAUAGCUCACAUCCCUAUAAAGAGGAAAUAUAUGAAGUUCUUGGCAGUUGUCAAAUGCAAUGCCUUGAAAAGAUGGUAUCACUAAUCUUCUGAUUACUGCAUGAUACA